CUUUUUACCGACACUUUCUGUAAAGUUUGCGGGGCAGUGCUGCAGUUUGAGUCCCAAAGGAUGUCACAUUAUGAGGGCAAAAAACAUGCUCAGAAAGUUCGGCUUUACAUCCAAAUGCGUGGUGAGAAAGAAGAGAAGCAGGAGCAUGGAAAACAGGAGAGAGUGGAUUGUAUCAAUUUUCAGGUGGAUGGGAGUGGAGUAGUGGACAAAAACAAAUACUGCAAUCUCUGCAACAUGAUUUUUACUUCCCCAGUUGUUGCUUUGUCUCAUUACUUGGGAAAAAUCCAUGCUAAAAAGCUGAAGCAAUUAUCAGGAGACCAAGUCCAUAUGUCAACCCAGCGCAUGCAGUCCAUCUCCGCUUUACAGAAGCCCUCAGCUGAGAAGCCCUUGCUGACUUCAAAAGCUGAAGAGUCUUCGUCAUCCUCCAACACAAGUUUAGAGUUAAAUGAUCCAGACAAAUACUGCAAGCUCUGCUGUGCUCCCUUCAAUAAUCCACUGAUGGCCCAUCAGCACUAUGUUGGUAAGAAACACAGAAGAAACGAAGCACGUAAAAAGAUGAUGGAGGAGCUGGGAGACAAAGCUGUCCUUGCAGAAUCCAACACAAAUGCAUUUGGGGUUGGUCAUUACAUAUGUCCUAUAUGUAACAUCACACUUACAUCUAUAGAAAUGUACCAGUCCCACAUGCAAGGAAAUAAGCACCAGACGAGAGAAACAAUGGUUGUCAGUCUCAUGAAGAAUUCAAAGAAAACUUAUGACUCCUUUCAAGAUGAACUAGCAGAUUACAUUAAAGUACAGAAAGCUAGAGUUCCGGAGUCAAAAACCCUUUUUAGAAAGACAGAAGAGGAAGUAUUUCAAGAUAAAGAUGUUGAAGGAAGAAGUGAUGCUGGUGAGGUUUUACCCUCAAACGUUAUGGGCGAACAAGCCCAGCCUUCUAGCCUCUGCUCAGAACCACACUCACCUACAAAUACUGGGGAAAAGUCAUCAGCUUAUGGGAAUACACUAGAGAAGACGCCCGAUUGUCACUUUAACGUGGGGUAUUGUAUGGAAAAGCAAGGAUCUGAGGUGGCCACCAUCAGAGAUAAGGGCUUUGGACUAUCAGUUGCCAAAUCUAUUGACUGCCAUGAACUUGUGUCUGUUGAAACUGCUAUCAGCUCCUACAGAAAAGAAGAGAAACUUCUGGGAAAACAUGCUGAGGAGGAGAAAUAUAUCAAUGAAGAGCUGAAGUUUGAGAAAAAAGGCACAAAGCAGAAAAGAAAGGAAAACGGUGAAGAUGAAGAUUCUGGAAAGGAAAGUGAGAAGCAAAAGCGAAUGAAAAUGGACAUAGACUUGAUAAAUGAGAAGAAAUCAAAAUCUUACAAAGACAAAAGGCUUAAAGAAAACCCUGCUGAGAAAGAGAGCAAAAAGCACAAAAAAAAUAAAAAGAAGCCACAGCCAGAUGGCAAAACAGAAGAGGAGCUGCUUUGGGAUGAAUCUAUCCUGGGAUACUGAUACAGGUUUUCCUUAGCUUUAAGAAGCUGAUUCUGUUUCUAGACUCUCUUAACCGUUGUGUACUUUUUUUUUUUUUACAAACUUUUUUUUUCCAAUCUGGAAGCAAGAAAAAUCCUGUCUUCUGAGACUUUGGGGUAGUAGGUAUGCAUCCAUUUUUAAUUAUCUUGCACAUGCAGUAGUAAUUGCAGUGAUGCAAGCUUGACAGUCUGUAAUAUCUUCUGGAAUAUGCUCCAAAAAAGGGUCAGUAGCUUACAGAAUUCUCUUGGAAUUUCAUCAAAUGUACAGCUUCCUUCUAAUAUCAGUGGUGCCUGCCAUGGAGGUUUCUGUCAUCCUUCUGGGAAACUACAUAAAUUUGUAAGAUAAGUGCACUACACUGUUCCCAGCCAUUUCUGUAACUGUUUCACUGACACGUUGUGAAGGAGAAUGUCAGAGGCUUUUGAUUCCAGAUCUUAUUUGCAAUUGUUAUUCUUUUUUACCCAGUUCUGAC